AUCUGUCAUUAGUGAACAGCGGGGCAACAGUGUGGCAGGAGGGCUGACAACUCAUUCAUGUGGACGAUGAGAGUCGGAGUCCAGGUGGAUUCUUACCCUCCGCCGGACUUCUUUGUCACUUUGUUACAAAUGUCGAACACGUCAACCGCACCGUCCCCCACCUCGUACACACCACAAUUGGCUUUCAUACAGUCGCACUUGUGUGGGAUUUAAACAAAGUUAAAUUUCCAAUAUGGUAGGAGAGGUUGUUGUUGUUGAGCGGAUUGUUGUCAUGUCCCCGCAGUGCCUGUAGUGGUGCUGUGAGGAGACUGCCGUGGAUCCAACAAAUGUCCUCAGCAGCCUACCUACGGCUUGUAAUUUGCGCUGGGCUGGCCGGCAUUUACAUGGGUCCUUGUUCCACGAAAAUCCGAGCUCGAUGAAGACCGCCGUUACUAUCCUACCUGGGAUGUCGAUGCCCGAGUAGCCUAGCUGAUUCUAAUAGACAUUUCGGCCGUCUAUCCGGAGCGAAUACCGUACACAGCCCAAGCCCAUUCAAGCUGAUGUUUUCAAGGACAAGAGUCACGUGAUGUAUGAAGGCAAACACAUACACUUCUCAGAGGUGGACAAUAAGCCGCUGUGCUCUUAUAGUCCGAAGCUGUGCAAGCAGCGGCGGCUAAAUGGCUACGCGUUCUGCAUCCGCCACGUUCUGGAGGACAAGACGGCUCCUUUCAAGCAGUGUGAAUAUGUGGCAAAGUACAACAGCCAGCGAUGCACCAACCCCAUCCCCAAGUCUGAGGAUCGCAGAUACUGCAACAGCCACCUGCAGGUUCUCGGCUUUAUCCCGAAAAAGGAGCGCAAGAAGAAACACGAUGCUUUAGAGGAGAUGCGUCCCCGGGCUCACCUGGAGUCAGUGGCUCUCAACAUAACUGUGCCCUCUUUAGCGCUGAGAGCCACGAACGGCAUAGACGAACUUCCGCCGUCCCCUCCCUGCUCACGCCUGUUACCCCUCGCUGAUGGCGAACUCCUGGACCCGUUCGCCUUCUACGAGGACGAGACGGACGGGGAGGAGGUGGGCGCCCCUCGGAAGGGGAGCGGUGUCAAGAAGAAGCCGCAGAGUCGGCUGGCGCUCAGCCAGAAGCUCUCCCAGGACACGGAACUCUUCCAGCCAGCUCCCGAGCACUUUACGGCCUCGCCGGCGCCGCGCAUCCACCCCUCGUCGCCGCUCAACGCUCACCUACCACGACAGACGUCGGCUCUCCUGCAGCCACCUCAGCAGGCCGGCUUGACGUCCUUCCCCUUCCCGGGACAACAGCAGGGUUUAUUAUGCAAUCCACCACCACCUCAGACAGUCAACUUUCUGCCUCCAGGGAUGCCUGCGAACGCUUUGCCCAGCUCAGGGCACCAUUCUGGACCAUCGCUCGGCAGGAAAACGCCUUUCGCUGCUACUCAGCCGCCCAUCUGCUGCAAGGAUGGCGGCGGCAACAAUCAGAGGCACGUGGUCGUCAUGCACCCCGCGGCCUUCUCCCCCUCUGCCGACUGCCUUGCCAGGUUGCAACACCUGGUGCAGCUCUGCGCCAAGCGGCAGCGGGAACACGGCGACCUCUUCUCUCAUCUAGGUUUGGACUGGUCCGAGGACAGCGGCGACGACGAGGAAGAGGACGCGGAGAGGGCCGCCCCCUUUCAGCAUUCGUGGAGACCGGACAACGGGCUGGAAGGCGACGGCGGUUCUUCGCGGCGGGCGCGCCUCCUCCGGCUCUGCUCCUACCUUCGGGACAAGUACAAGCACAUGUGCAGACAGGAGAGGGCGAGCAUCCGCCAGAAGAGGUAUCGCUACGCCUUCCGGAAAGCCCUGCUGCACGCCGCCAGCAACAACCCGGACUGCGCGGGGCAGCUGAUCCAGGAGCUGGGUGGAAACUCCCACAGCGCCUCUUGCGCGCCUCCAGCAAGGCCACAGAGCACAGACGCGGCGACCUGCGCCGGCUCCACCAAGGGGCAGAGCUGCAGCAACAGAGCGCUGCCCUUCACUCAGCACUGUUUCCAGCACAUUCUGUUGAAUCGUUCCCAGCAGCUCUUCGCCAGCUGCACAGCCAAAUUCGCAGACGGUCAACAGUGCUCCAUCCCCGUGUUCGACAUUACGCACCAGACGCCCCUCUGCGAAGAGCAUGCCAAAAAGAUGGAUAACUUUCUACGUGGGGACGGAAACCGGAGAGUGCAGCACCAGCAGCAGCGAAAGCCGCGUAAGAAGACCAAACCGCCAGCGCUCACCAAAAAACACAAGAAGAAGAGGAGGAGAGGGCCGCGGCGGCCUCAGAAGCCCAUCCCGCCGGCGCUGCCGCAGGGGAACCUGGGAAUGCCCUCGACGAGCCUCGUGAUGCCCUCACAGGCCGGCAUCAGGAGCCCGUCGACGCCGGACCUGAGCACAGACGAGCUUCCUGAUGACAUCACCGACGACAUGGCCGACAUUCCUCAUGACCUCGAGUUGAACCAGGAGGAUUUCUCGGAUGUUUUACCACGGCUGCCGGACGACCUGCAAGAUUUCGACUUGUUUGAAGUUAAGAACGGGGAGCUGCUGCCCACCACAGAGGAGGCGGAGGAGCUGGUCCGUGCCCUGCAGGCGAUGGGCUCCUACCCCGACUCGUUGGUGUGCCUGACCUCCAUGGGCGACCUGGCCACAGCCGAGGGAGUGGACCACCGAGCCAUGGCCGUGUUUCCCGGGCCGGUCCAGCCGGGCGGCAUGGGGGACCUGCUCAACGCUCGCAUCCCCACAGAGAACUUCCCCAGCCUGGAGUUGGAGGACAACCUGCUGCAACCCACCGGGGACCCCUUCCCCCCCUCGCCGCCGCACCCGCCGGCGAGCCAGCCCCCGCCGUCGUGCUCCAGCCUGACCUCGCCGUCCUCCGCGGCGGCCACCACCAGCAGCGGCAUCUCCCUGCUCGCGCACAACUCCAUCACGGAGCGGACGUUUCCCCGGACGCACGCCUCCCACGUCCUGGCGAAGGCGGAGGUGUCGGGGGCGUCGCCCCAGGGCAGCCACUACAGCGGCGAGCACGUGCCGUCCCCGUACAGCGACCACAUAUCCUCCCCACACGCCGCCUCCUUCCACACAGACACCCCCCUCCUGCUGGAGGUCCCCCUCAGCGGGGUGCCGGGGACCCCCCGCUCCACGUGGAACAACCUCCCCCUCCCCCUCGCCGACCCCGCGCAGUUCGGCACCCUCAUCCGGUCCGAGAGUCAUCUCAUCACCACCUCCCUGUCCACGCCGCCCGCCACCACCACCCACUCUGUGACGCUGCAGCCCAUGGCGGCCCUGCCGGCGAUGCGUCAGGGCGCCGUGACGGGCGGCUUGACGGCCCCCCCCAUCCCCUCUUCCUCGUCGUCCUCCUCCUCCUCCUCCUCACACGAUCACCUGCUGAGCCCCGCGCAGCCCAAGCAACAGCUCCCUCAGUUCAGCGCCGCCUUCGGACACCAGCUGGCCUCCCACAGCGGCAUCCCGAAGGACGUGCAGCCCAGCCACAGCUCCACAGCGCCCCCUGCCGGCUUCUCAUUAGUCAGUGCCACCACUGCAAGUGCCAACAGCGCCGCGCCACCCUUCACGCAAAGUAAAUGAUGCGCAGCCCCCGCGCGGACCCCCAGCCACCUCUGAGCCGGCCGACGGGGCUCCCAGUUGACCCGUUUUAAUCUGCUCUAUGUGUGCAAUGUGGGUCUAGUGCACUAUUUGAGAAUGAAUUUGCACAAUCUCAGAGUUUCCUUUGUUUUUGUUCCCACCCCCCCUCCACCGUAGCCAGACGGUUGGCUGUGAGGUGGCUGUGAGUCCACGCAAUGCGGGGCGAUUGCUGCCAGUGGUGGUGGCUGUGUUUAGAUUAUGUGUCGAAUUAAAGGACAUUAGCAAAGAUUAUUUAUAACAGUGCUCAGAAAUCCCAGAUGCCGCUCUGUUUGCUUCGCCCGUCUCUCUUCAAAACGAUCAAACACACCCUGCCUUUCUCAGAUGGCCAUCCCCCCCCACCUCCUCCUCCUCCUCCUGUUUUAUACACUCUGGUUUAAGGACACGUGGACACGUUGUGAGGUUUUUGUAACCAAUUAUGUCUCAAGCAACUUAACUGUCUUCAUAUUGAUCCAGUCAGAUUUAAUAGUCACCCAAACACUUUUAAGCAGCCGUUCUUUUUAUAUGGUGUACGUUUGUCUGUGCUCAUUUCUUGGUUCGCUCGGACGUGAAAAGGUUUCCCCGCCUCUCCGUCGGUUGUGGCACUGCGAGCGGCUUCGUAGACACUUGGAAGGUAAUAGUUUCUCAAAGCAAUAAAAUGAAAAAAAAAGAGAGAGAAAAACAAACACAUUACCGUCACCUGCAGGAUUGUGAGUUUUUUUUUUUUUUUUUUUCCUGCAUGUAGCUCCGCCUCGUCUCGGUGGCUCAGAAACUCCAGAUUUUUUACAACCCUUUCACUCAGGCCACCUCUGGUAUUUUCUCACGAGUUGACUCUCGAGGCGGAUAAACGAGCGGCAGUGUUUCCACGGGGUGGGUGAUGGUGAUGGCUGCAGGGGCCUUUUAAGUGUCCACCCCCCCCCCCCCCCACAAAGGUGCUCCCUGGUCCACAUCCAUAGUCUGCGUUGGCUUGGGGGGGGGUGGGAGGAAAAAAAACUUCUCCCAGGGGAAUCUCCUCCCCUGGGAGAAGACUUGGGCUGUGUGGGUUGGGAAUGUGGCGCCUUGCAACGAUAAUCAUAACUCUUGUAUUCACAUUUUGUCUGCUUACAACCGCAAACUCCCAUACGUUGUUUGGCUCUUACGUGCUUCUCAGUGUCUGGACUUUAACUAGGCCCUUUUAGCACAGGAUUAUGCCCUGAUCAACGCCGUUCCACGGUAGCUCUGGCUGAGGGUUUAGCCCCGAGUCCUCUAUUAGUAGACGGGGCCGACUAGGGUGAAGGAAAAAGCACGACGACGCCAUCGCCGUGCUUCAUGGUGGGGGUGGUGUGUUCGUUUUUUAGCGGUGGUCUCCCCGGGACCCCCUUGGUCUACGUGUUUGCUCCGCCCCCUGCGUGGGUGGUGAGAAACCGAACAGGGACUCUGGCCGUCUCGCUUUGCACGGCCACGCUAUGGUUGACACGCAGGUCCCUGCUGUCUGGAAAAGCUUCUGGACUUAUUUGAUCAUGUUAAAUAUAUUAAAAGCGCUUUUUAACUUUUGACGUCUUUUAAUGCACAUUAAACCAUGUUUUUUUUUCUUUUCUUUUUUUUUUUUUUUUGCUUCUAGAUCGCCAUAGAUCAGAACUGGACCAGUGUUGAUUAAACCGGGUCGAUUUUAGACUGCAAACUCAUGGAUAUCAUGGAUUUCAAACUACUUUAAGGAAUGCAGAUUAAUUGUUGGGUAAUUCAGUCCAAGGUUUUGCAGAUGCUGAAGCAGAGCUCAUCUAGAUUAGCACCCCUGCUGAAUCAGAAGGCAGCCUACCAGGGCGGCUCCGGUGCGAUUUUUAUGAUCAAUAGUAAAAUCAUGAUUUAAAACAAUUACUUGUCGAGUUCCUUUUUGUAAAUUUAAGCCAAAUGACGGCGGGCAACCGUUUGAUCUGAGCCGUUAUGUCGAGAGUAUAUACUAUUAUGCCAUUAUCAUAUUAGUUGAAAAAGGUCUCCAAAUGAGAAUUUUGUGGUGUAUCGCGAUACAUUUUUCUUUGGAAGACUUAUCGUCCGGCAACGUUUGUUUAUCAUGACGAGCCUAAGUAUAUCCUAAAUAAUGCAUAGAAUCAAUAAUGCAAUAAAUAAGUUAUUUCUACCCAGCAGAUUUGUCCAUAAGUGCAGCUACUGAAAUGUUUGACGCAGGGAAAUGGUCUGUAUAGAGUUCCACUCACUUUCGGCAAUAGUUGCUCAUUAGUGCUGGUUUAAUUUGCAGGCGGAUGUCCUGAUUUGUUGCGUUGCCGAAUGGUGCAGACGCCACUUCUGAUUCCUUCUCUCGAAAUCCCUAUCAAACACCCUGGAGCUUGCGGUUUCAACAUGACAAAAUUUGAAAGAGAGGUCAUAGGGUAUGAUUACUUUUUGCACGGCACCACACAACAAUUACCGCGAGCAAGUGGUGGAAUUUGCACGUCUGAAGUAAAGCACUGUGUUACUGAAAGGUGAUUUUUAAGCUACAGGAUGGAAAGCUAGGGCCCCCUCUCCUCCCCUUCCACUAAGCUACACAGCAGUAGAAAUAUGGCUUUUAAUAGAUUUAUAUAUAAAUAUAUAUAUAUAAUAUACAUCUAACAAAUUGUUGAAUGCUUGGUAUAUAGAGUAGAAGUCUAUCUUGGGGUUUGUUGGUGAACUCUUCAGUAGCAAUGGGUUGAAGGUAUUAUUCACUAGUAUUCAGUGGAGAUUGUAUCUUGUGGAGUGUUAUUUUUCUUUUAAAUCAAAUUGAUGAAAUCUUUGGAUGCCGUCUUCUACGACAUCCUGACGGGAAGUGUUUUUUGAUAGCUCUUAAACAUCAGGAAGAGGCGUCGUGUUCACGGUGGGCGUUUAUGCGCUAGCGAGGCGGAAAAGGCGCUGGCCUUGCACAGGAAUUAUGAUUUUUAUUUUUUUUAUUUUUUUCGUUUCCCACCCCCACCUCUGAUUUUAUUUUGGCACAAACAGCUGACAGUGACCAGAUCCCUGCCCCACCCCCACCUGUUUCCAUCAGCGACAAAGCCCAGUCCUCUCCCUUCUUAGUAGUUGGGGGGGAGGGAGACAUCCCUGUCCACCGCAGCCUCUUCUCCCAUAUUAACAUGUUGAAUAAUAAAAACAGAUAACCCAGGUUGGUUUAAAGCGACAGUUUGAACCGUAACACUGCUGUAACCACAAGGCAUGAGAUUAGUCGCCACACCAGACAAAGCCACACAGGACAGCAACCUUCCAACAGGGCGCGCAGGCACAUGUAAGAGCUCGACUCCAGAGACGGCCGACGACGUUCCUAUACUCAUUGAAUGUACUGUAUUACUGUUUUUAAAGAUAGGACGAGCUAAUCUAGUCACCUUUUGUUAUUGGUCCUCGUUUGACUUGUCUAAGGUAUUUUUUGUAUACAAAAGUUUACAUUUUUAUGUAUAUUUUUCUCGUGUACAAACUAUGUAAUAUGUGUACAAACACUGUAUGUAAUAUCUGUAUAUAGAGUGAGAAAUCUGAUUUUUUUUUUUUGUUUUGUUUUUGGAUGUAUAAAUAAAACUUGCUGUGAGGUAUUUGCUGAAAACUAAA